AUGAUGUUAUUAAAAUUACUAGUGUUAUUAAUUAGUUUUAUCAAACUAUCAACGUCAAAUUUAAAUUUAACUGAAAAUAGGAAUGUCGAUAUUGAAUCCACUAAUGAAUAUCUUGGUCCGCUGAACAAACAUUUAUUUUGGUUUGUACACGUAACAGAUCUUCAUAUAACACAUAUUGGACAUGAAGAUCGUGCUGAACAGUUUGAAAAAUUUUGUACAGAAACUCUUAUUAAUUUAAUUAAACCACCAGUUGUUGUCGUUACGGGAGAUCUAGUUCACUCUGUUGGUGAUUGGAUUCAUAAUCAUGGAAGCACAGAACAGUACGAAGAAGAAUGGAUUAGAUAUAAUGAAAUAUUAAAUCGAACAAAAAUUACAGAAAAUACGGCAUGGCUUGAUAUGCGAGGCAAUCAUGAUAAUUUUAUGGAUUCCGAUCCAGAUUCCUUAAAAAGUUAUUAUCGUCGAUAUUCUCAUCAGGGUCUCAAUCAUUCUUCAUCAUAUCAUUAUGUUCAUAAGACAAGUGAAGGUGAUCAAUAUAGUUUCAUUGGAAUUGAUAUGUGUCCCAGACCAGGCGCUGGUAGACCCUUCAAUUUUCUAGGACAAAUAACUAAGUCUGAAAUGCGUCAUUUACUCACAUUAACUGAACAAACUAAAAUGUCAAAUGCAACAAUAUUCUUUGGACAUUAUCCAUUAUCAUUUACCUAUUCUUCGACAUCACCUGGUAUACAAUAUAUAAUGAGAAAUGCACUUGCCUAUCUUAACGGACAUUUACAUGCUGGUAUCCCACAUCUGUAUGCUCUUCAUUCAAAUGGACUACUUGAACUGGAAUUAGGUGAUUGGAAAGUUCAUCGCCUAUUUCGUCUGGUGACAAUUGAUGGUGGGUUAUUAGCAUUUACCGAUUUUCAAUACAAUAAAUCAAUCUAUGCUGUUAUUACAAAUCCAAAAAGAGCAAAAUAUAAAACACCGCGAGAAUCACUCUAUAGGCUCAAACAAUCAACACAUAUCAGAAUUCUUAUAUUUUCUAAACAUCAAAUUAAUAAUGUUCGUGUAUCGAUUGAUUCCAAAUUUAUCGGAUAUGCUGUUAAUUCAAUUAAUAAUUUAAAUUUAUUCAUAUUACAGUGGAACACAAGUUUAUACGAACAGGGUACACAUAUAAUGCAUGUACAAAUACAGGAUUAUCAAAAUAAUACAGAAGAAUUAAUGGAAGAGUUUGCAUUGUCAAUAUCAUCAGUAAUAGCAUGGAAUCGAUCGAAACUAAUUCUACUCGUUCAUUGGUCAACAUUUGGUAUCAUCCUUCUAGUAUUGUCACUAUGUGCAUAUAUAACCACAUUAGUGUGCUUUCGAUAUCGUGCAACAAGGAUGCUGAAUUGUUGUCCAAAUUGUUGUAGUUUAUGGAAUAGUUUUCAUAAACGUAUGAUGUUACUUUGUUCAGUCGAUGUCAUUUAUUAUCCACUGCUUGGAUUAGCCAUCUACUAUUUUAUCGGUCCUUGGUACAUUGGCUACUUUACUAAGGACUAUUUUGGUGCUGCCUUCCUUUGGGGUACUGUGAUUCAUGGUAUAUAUCUUUAUCCUGAUACACAACCAUUUAUGGGCACUGUACAACUUUAUAUGUUUGUAUUUCCAUUAACAUUUGCUCUGGCAUGUUCUGUCUAUUAUCGUUAUAUUGAUCUACAAACGAAUGUAUAUAGAACUCGUACACGUUUGCAAAAAAUAUGUCGUAUACUAACUUAUGUUAUAUUUGGUUAUGCAGUCUUUUUUAUAUUUAUGAUUUCAUUGAUUUUUACAUUGUCAUAUAAUCUAGGCUGGAUCCUUUCACCAUUUGGACUAUUUUUAAUAAUAUUUACAGUAUUUCUAUUUUAUAAAACGAAUAAAUUAGAAUUAAAUCAAUUUGGAGUGUUAUUGAAUAAAACAGAUGGAGAUACUGCCGAUAUUCAUGAACCAAUUUUUCUCUCAACAGGCACAACAAUACUCACUUUCUAUUACUUUCGUAACUCCGAUUUAUUAUCCAGCAGAAAAAAUAAUAUUAACGGUUUGGCUGAUAGUUCUUUAUUACCUCAAUCGAAAUUAUUCACCUAUGUAAAUAUCUCUUCCAAUCUUCAUAUUACACAUGAACAAGGUGUGCUAUUUCACAUAGAACGGAGUGCCCAUUUUGCAAGUUUAAAAUCGAAAAGUGUUCGUGGAAAUCACCAACAUAAAGAUGCGAGCGAAAUAAUUGUACUGUUACAUGGUAAAUUUCAGUUUCGUGUCGGUGAAAAAGAUGCUGGUACAAGUGAAGAUUAUAUAUUUGAUAUUCGAGACGAUGCCAUGGGCGCUGUAGGUAUUAAAAUCACUGCUGAAAAAUGUCAUGCUUUGAAAAAUAUUGGAACAAGUACAAACUGGUUUGCAAGCUACUAUUUAAAGUCGGCGACUGACGAUAAACUACCACAAUCAGAUAAGACUGCAUGUGCGUCAAUAAAAUUGACAUAA